AGCCUGCUCCAGUGCGAGGGGGUCAACAACCAGAGCUACUUCUGUGAGUCGGGGCACUGCUGCGGAGAGUCCCAGUGCUGCAGCUACUACUACGAGCUCUGGUGGUUCUGGCUGGUGUGGGCCAUCAUCUUCAUCCUGAGCUGCUGCUGCGUGUGUCACCACCGGCGCACCAAACACCGGCUGCAGCAGCAGCAGCGGCAGCACGAGAUCAACCUCAUAGCCUACCGAGAGGCCCACAACUACCCCCCGCUGCCCUUCUACUUC